CUUCUGGAUCGACAGAAACCUUCAUUUUCGCCGCAUCUGAUAAGCGGGGCUGUCAGUGAGUUUUUCGAGAGGACGAUCCUGUGUAACAGUCUGGUGUGGAGCUGUGCCGUGACGGGGAAGCCCGGGCUCACCUACCAGGAGGCCCUGGAGAGCGAAAGGAGAGCCAGGCUGAACCUGCAGAGCUUCCCCCCGCCCCUCAUCCCCCCGCUCCUCUUCCUCACCUCCCUCACGCACCGCUCCCGGCUGCACGAGAUCUGCGACGACGUCUACUCCUUCGUCAAGGACCGCUUCUUCCUCGGGGAGACGGUGGAGGUGACGGGCAGCACUGGAGUAAGGCAACAAUGCAAGGUCCUGGAGAUCCUGCCUCCACUCCAGAAUGGCGUGGUGAACGGCCACCUCAGCCCGCGGAUGGAGGGAGACUCCAUCGUCAUCAGUGACGACAGUGACGAGGAAGGCGGCUCCAAAACCUUGAAGUCUCCCCUGCUGAAUGGGAAGCCGAAGACCCCCGUUAAAGCUUCAUUGUUUAAAUAUAAAGUUCAGCCCAUCAAAACAGAUGGCUGUGAGCCCUUCACUGUCAAGGCCGCUCAGAUCAGCCGUAAGAAAAACCUUUUUUCCCGAGACAGAUUGAAACUUCUGUUGAAACAACACUGUUCUCCCCAGAAUGGUGUGAUCAAACUGAAGGCUGCUACCAUUGCCACUUACCGAUUGUCCGAGCAGAGCUUUUCCCACUUCUUUCCUGAUGAACCCCCAACAUUUACCUUCAGCCCCCCCAGUAAGGGCCGGGGCCGACGCCCCAAGGAGCACUCAUCUCCUGGAGAUUUGAGUUUCACGUCUGAUGGUGAAAACGCUGCUAAACGGAAAAACAGAGACAAGGCUGCCCUGGAGAAUGAAAAGCUGUUGAAACAAAAGGAGGAAAUGAAAGCGAUGGCCCUGGAAAAGGCGAAGCUGAAAAAAGAGAAAGCAGAGGCAUUCGAAGCCAAGAAGAGAGAAAAGGUGGACAAAGAGAAGAAGAAAGAGGAGCUGAAAAAGAUGGUGGAGGAGGAGAGACUGAAGAGGAAGGAGGAGAAGGAAAGGCUGAAGCUGGAGAAGGAAAAGGAGCGCGAGAAGCUGAGAGAGGAGAAGCGAAAGUAUGCAGAGUAUCUGAAGCAGUGGAGCAAACGGCGGGAGGACAUGGAGUGUGAUGACCUGAAGGAGUUGCCGAUCCCCCUCCCAGUGAAGACGCGCUUGCCUCCAGAGCAGUUCGGCGACGCCUUGAUGGUGCUGGAGUUCCUGCAGGCCUUCGGGGAACUGUUCGACCUGGAGGAUGAGUUUCCUGAGGGAGUCACUCUAGAGGUGCUGGAGGAGGCCCUGGUAGGGUGCGACCCGGAAGGCCCCCUGUGUGAGCUGCUCUUCUUCUUCCUGUCGGCCAUCUUCCAGGCGCUGGCGGAGGAGCAGGAGGAGGUGGCGCGGGAGCAGCUGGCCGAGGCCGACACCAAAGACCUCACGGAAGCGCUGGAUGAAGAUGCCGACCCCACGCAGUCCGCCAUCAGUGCUGUGGCCUCCCUAGCGGCCGCCUGGCCCCAGCUGUACCAGGGCUGCAGUCUCAAGCAGCUAGACCUGGACAGCUGCACCCUCUCGGAGAUCCUUCGCCUCCAUAUCCUGGCCUCUGGAGCCGACGUCACCUCUGCCAAUGCCAAGUACCGCUACCAGAAGCAGGGGGGCUUCAGUUCCAUGGACGAUGCCUGCGUGGAGCUGCGGCUCGGGAAUCCGGCGCUGCUCAAGAAGCUGUCCGGCACGGCUGUUUACGACCUGCUGCCAGGAGAGAAGCUGAAAAUCCUCCAUGCGCUGUGUGGGAAGCUGCUGACCCUGGUGUCCACUCGGGACUUCAUAGAGGACAGCGCGGAUGUGCUGCGGCAGGCCAAGCAGGAGCUCCGCGAGCUGAAAGCAGAGCAGCACCGCAGGGAGAGGGAGGAGGCGGCCAGCAGGAUUCGAAAAAGGAAGGAAGAAAAGCUGAAAGAGCAGGAGUUAAAAAUAAAGGAAAAGCUGAAAGAAGAUGAACAGAGGAAUGGGACUGGGGCAGACGCUGCAGGGGAGGAGGAGCCCGAGGAGAUGGACACCAGCACUGAGAGCCACGAGGCCCCCAGAGACGUGGCCACAGAGGAUGAGGAUGAGUCUGAGCUUGGCAGCAAGGCCAGAAAAACCAAGAGCAGCAGGGAGCCCCCCCUCAAGGAGAGCGGUGAAGACGGCAAGGAGGCCCUGAGCCCCGAGGAGGAGGCGGCGCUGCGGCAGGAGCAGCAGCUGAAGGAGAGGGAGCUGCUGGAGCGCAUCCAGAAGGCCGCGGCGUGUACCUACAUCCUGCCGCUGGGCCGGGAUCGCCUGUACCGCCGCUACUGGGUCUUCCCCUCCGUGUCCGCGCUGUUCGUGGAGGAGGACUACUCCAGGCUGACGGAGGACAUGCUGGUGCCCCAGCCAGUCGGACCCCCCAGCCACUCCGACGGAGCAGCGGCCCCCUCCACUCCCAAGCAUCUCGGACCCGGCACCGACCCCCGCGCUGCUGCCGACAGCUCCCCCCGGGACCCCAAGCCCGUGAACAGACCCAACCUGUGGUCCUUCUACAGCUCCCCCGAGCAGCUGGAGCGGCUGAUCGAGGCCCUGAACAGCCGGGGUCACAGGGAGAACGCGCUGAAGGAGGCGCUGUUGCUGGAGAAGGACAGGAUAACUGAGCUUUUGAGAAACUGCCCAGUAGAUCGCUUUCACGUUCCUGAUCUACUACAAACUGAGGGCAGAGCUGCGCCCGUCAAAUCAAGGAACGCCAUCAUGUCUCCCGACUCUCCCCAGUCUGCUGAGAAACACCUCGAGACUCGACUAAAGGAUCUGCUGUUAGACAUCGAGGACCGGAUCUACCAAGGCACUCUGGGAACUGUGAAGGUAAUGGAGAGACAGGCCUGGAGGACGGCCCUGGAGAGUGGCCACUACGAGCUGCUGAGCCCAGAUGGCAAGGAGAACGGGGUGGUGAAAACAGAGAAUGGAGAGGGGGGCGCCAUGGAGAUCGAUGAAGCCAAUCUGAAAGUCAGCAGCAAAGACAGGUUACUUGAGCUGAAGACUGAGGGUCAGAGUGCUGCAUCAACCAGUGCCAGCACACCACAGCCUGUGAACAACACAGUUCAUUACCUGGCGUUGGCACUGUCGCAGAUAGAGCAAGGCAUCGAACGCAAGUUCCUUAAGCCGCCCUUGGGUGAUGAAGAGCUCAAAAAGGAGCAGAAGGGAAAGAAGAAAGAAGAGAAGAAGAAGAAGGAUGACGAUCAGUCAAGUGAAAAAGAUGAUGCUAGUGACAGUGGCCGUGUGUAUAAGACCGUGCUGGACCGGUGGAGGGACUCCCUGCUGUGCUGCUCCAGCUUGUCUCAGGUGUUCCUCCACCUGUCCACCCUUGACCGCAGCAUCAUUUGGUCCAAGUCCAUCCUCAACGCUCGCUGCAAGGUGUGCCGCAAGAAGGGGGAUGCGGAGAACAUGAUUCUGUGCGAUGGCUGUGAUCGAGGACAUCACAUCUACUGUGUCAGGCCCAAACUCAAGGCUGUUCCCGCGGAAGACUGGCUGUGCCCCGAGUGCCGUCCCAAGCAGCGCUCUCGCCGCCUGUCCUCCCGCCAGAGGUCCUCCGUAGACUCCGAGGAGGAGGUGGAGUCCGAGGGCGAGGAGAAUGCGGACGAAGAGCAGGAGAGUGAGGAGGAGGAAGAGGAAGAAGAAUCUGAAGAGGAGGAGGAAGAAGAAAGUGCACCCAGGAGAGGAAGAGCAGCAGUCAAGUUGCCUUUGACGACCAAGGGAAACAAGCCCAGCACUCCCAGCGGUGGCCGAGCCUCCCAGCGACAGUCCGAGUCUGGCAGGUCCACCCCGCACAGCCAGCAGGGCACCCCAAGACAGACUGCCCCCACGGGGAAAGGGGGGUUAAAGAGCUCUGGGAAGAAAGGGAAGGCAGCCCCCACCUCGGACAGCAAGCCCCCGCUGAGGACGAGCAGCCGGACCAGCGCGCGCCUGAGCCAGGAGCCCAAGCCUGCGGAGAGCUCCUUCACUGACACGAGCAGCACGCGGCUGCGCGGCAGGAGGGCGGCGGGGAGCGCGGCGGACCCCGCCGGCGCCCCGUCGGAGGGCUCUCCUCAGAGCCGACACCCCGAGUCGCAGCGCAAGAAACGAUCCCUCUCUGAUCUACCUUCCAAAGCUCAAGUUGUUCUGACUCCCCCAGCGUCGUCCAGCAGGAGGAGCUCGGGGAGAAGCCAGGGGGUGCACGAGCUGUCGGCGUGCGAGCAGCUCGUGGUGGAGCUGGUGCGCCACGAGGACAGCUGGCCCUUCAUGAAGCUGGUGUCCAGGACUCAGGUGCCAGACUACUACGACAUUAUCCGAAAGCCAAUUGCCUUGAACGUCAUCAGGGAAAAAGUCAACAACUGUGAAUACAAAACAGCCUCCGAGUUCAUUGAAGAUGUGGAGCUGAUGUUUACCAACUGUUUAGAGUACAAUCCCCGCAGCACCAAUGAGGCGAAAGCUGGAGUGAGGCUCCAAGUUUAUUUCCACUCUCAGGCUCAGAAACUGGGACUCCUCACAAAAUGCGGAGACCAAACUCCCCCUCCCCCUUCAAAGAGGUCACGGGUGUAGUGCUUUACACUUUCCACUUCUUGUUUGUUGAGUAAAGGUGAGAUCCGCAAAGAUUUCAUCUCGGUUUAUAAAUGAAUGGACCAGGUUUAUGUACCAGGUGUACCCUUCACUGCAUAUGGUCCUAAGACAACAGAAGAAACAAGAGACAUGGCUACAAAAAACAAAAAUUGUUUGAUAGUCUGAAGUCACAUGACAAAGAAAAAAUCAUGGCUUUUUGAGAUCGAUGGGGACUUGCUUGCCUUGAAAUGAGACCUGCACUGUAAUCUUUACCAGUACCUUUAUGUAUCCUUUCCAUUCUAAAUUACUCAGGAGACUUGCAUUUUGUUGUUUUUUUAUCAGAAUGAUCCAUAUGAUUUUGUAUAUUGGAUGCAUUUGUAGACUUACUGCAGAGACAUUUGUGUGUUAUUUUUUGUUUGUUUCAAACUGUUGUAUUUUUUCAGUGAAAACUAAUUUCCUGGAUGUUUUUCCAUGAAACAUCACACUUCAGCCUAAAAGAUUCCUACCAAAUGGUUUUCAGGUUGUUGUUUGUUUUUUCCUGGGCUGUUCUACUGUACUGUACCAACAAAAAAGCACAGUAUUCUCUUCAGGUGCCAGAGCUUCAGUGUACCAACACUACAUUGGAACAAAGAUCAGUUCAUCUCCAGUUCUUCGUAACUAGACCACGUAGAUAUUUAUUUAGUAUGGAAUAUAAUUUGAGGCAAAAGACCUGAUUUGUAUUUAUAAAAUUGCUAUAGGUGUUUUCCAUCUUUUAAACUUGUGUGAAAAUGGUCAGUUUUCUAUUCAUGCCAUAAACUAGACCACUUCAAAGGUUAAAUGUUUUUUUCAAAAUAACUUUUGUAUGUUUUUUUUCCCCUGUACAUUUUUUCUAUAUGUAAAAAUAAAUUGUUGACAUUGUUUAAAAUUGUCUUUAACUUUGCACUUGGAAUUUAACAGCAGCGACGUUCUUCCAGCAGCACUAAUCAAAUGGCAGUGUGAGGAAAUGGUAGCUCAGGAAUAACCCAGGGUGAUCCGUUUUACCGGGAUGUGUUUUGGAGUUAUGUUCAUGUUUAUUAAUAAAACCCCUUUGACGAUG